UAUUAAGUUUACAACGUUGAAAUUACUGCGGUGAUCAAAAUUACAUAAACACACGUUAAUGUCCAUUCUUCAGGGCGCAUCCCAACUUUUGAAGCUUCUUUCGGAUCCAUACACAAACAAAUGAUUGCCCAUCGCAUAAAAAACGAUUACCGAGCAUUACUAAAAGCUGGUUAUGCAGCUGUAAAACAUGAACGGAAAAACAAGAUACAGAUCCGUCAACGCAUUCGUAACCGCUUCGAGGAUUCAUCAUCUUCGUUGGCUGUCAAUGACCAGAAAAUACAAAACACAAUUGAAUUUUUAAAGACGGCGGCAAAACGACGAGGAUUAGAGCAUGAUAUUGUGCGCAAUAUAUGCAAUCUGGAUCGAUAUCGCGCCGAAUACGACAUCAGGCCACCGAUGUAUAGUAAAAAGUUUUCAAAGGAGGUUCGGCAACUUCAUCAAAGCAGUUACGAAGAAUUGGAUUUGUUGAUAAAGAUGCUAAAUGACGACCUACAGAUCUGUCUAUGAGAAGGUACUGCUAUAAAUCCUCUACGAUUGGCUAAUCAAUCACACCGGGACAAUAUAGCAAUAGAUACACACACACACACCCUUCGGGUCUUCCUUCUCUCCAUGAUAAUAUACCCAACCACCACAUACAGAUGUUCACACCCUCAAGUGUACUACAAAAGAAGAAAGA